AUGAUAGGAGGGGGAGCCAGUGAAGAGCCAAGCCAGUCUGACCCAUGGCUCAGGCCAAGCUGGGCCAGUGAGAGUGGACGCAAACAGACUAAAAGUGGGCUCGAGAGGAAGAUACAAUCCACAGGCAGCCGUAAGCGGCAAAGACCAUAUUCAGGCAAUGCAGAUCUCACGAGCAGUCAACCUGAUGGAGAACAUGUCCAUGCAAACUUCAUGUGGAAGUCAGAGCUGCGCAAGGCCAAGCACCAGAUCUUCACGGCUCCCGGGGACGCCCUCAUCACCGCAGCCUGCGUUUGCUAUCAAGGACCCCUCUCUGAUAAACUCAGGGGGGAACUUCUGCAGGACUGGUUGGAGCGCUGUAAGCAGGGUACCUUCACAUUGCCCAAGUCCACAGGGCUGGAGGUGCACUCGCUGGGUGCAGGCGUGGACAGCCUGUUGCUUUCGGACCGUCAGCGAGACCGGGACUCUCAGAGUGACAACUCUAGCACCAUUGACACACAGAGUGAGAGCGGGAUUCCCUCCCUGCCGGAGGUGCGUACAUACAAGUACCAGCCUGUGGUGUUUGACACCAGUAAGUACUACAAGUCAGAGUUGAAGCGCCAGGGCAGUGUGGAGUAUGAGCCGGCAGGGAACACAGAACUGGAGGACUCUGACGAUGAGGAUGAACAAAGUCUGCUCAUGACCCGUGCCGCAUACACUGUACAGGACAUUCUAAGUGACUUUGACGAGCUCAGCACCUGGCGCCUAAAGGACCUUAAAACAGACCUGCACUCUAUCCAGAACGCGCUGUUCAUGCGUGUCUCCUCACACAACAGGAAGUACUGCUGGCCCCUGCUUAUUGACCCUGACAACCAGGCGGAGACCUGGGUCAAGGCCAUUCAGACCAGCAAGAACAUCUUCUCGGAAAAGGAUGUAACUGACGGUGAUGAUAGUGAAAUCACAGAUCUACCGCCUGUGCCUUCCUCUGAUGAGAAGGGUGAGGGCCCAACCCCCCACCCGCCCAGUCGGGGCACGGCCAUCACGUUCUCAGACUACAACGUGGAGUACCCGCCGGACGAUACAGACACAUCCCGCACACAGACCACAACUAACUCCUACACCAACACUGACUAUACCAAGAGAGGCUCACGAGAGUCCUCAUGGGAGAGUGAGCAGCUGCGUCCGGUUACCUCGGUGACGGCCAGCUGGGAGAUGUACAGCCUGCACCCAGACCAGGCCAUAGACCACCCGGAGCACAACCUGUGGAUCAUUGAGGCUGACAACCCCAAACUGGACAGCAAGCUGAUAAACGCUGUUGUUCAUGGUGUGACAGUCCUGAUCACUCACCUGGAACGCAAGCCCCUGGACCCCUUAUUCCGUGGUCUGCUGCUGAAGCACUUCUACGUGGACAAGGAGGGAAACAAGGUGGUGAGGGUUGGCUCAGAUGAGUUCAAGUACCAUCCAAACUUUUGCCUCUACCUCAGCACUUCGGUACCGCUCUUCUUGAAAGGUGAUGGCCUUCACACAAUCCCUAUACACCGUAUGUGUGUAAUCAACAUGGCGCUGAGUGAUGAGGCUAUCAUCAACUACCUGCUCUCAGAGACCAUGCGUGUAGAGCGCAAGGAGUUUGAGGGCCAGAAAAGGUCAAACGAGAAUGACAUCAUCAUGCACAGACAAAAACUUGCUCAGCAACAUUAUCGUUUGGCAUGUCUUACAUCGAGCGAGAUGAUCCGAGAGAAGACCCUGAACCUGUUUGGGCCCAUCCUGGAGGACCAGACUAUGCUGGACUCUCUGAUCAACUGUCAGAAAGAGGUGGAGAGGAACAAGAUGAUACUAGAGGAGACCCGGUACAUGGGUGACCACCUGGAGGAGAAGUUCUCCCACUACGUACCCAUGAUCAUGCAGUCGGCCAUGCUGUACAGCCUGAUACAGCGUAUGGCCGUGCUCCAUUCCUACUACUACAUGCCCUUCUACAAGUUUGUGGAGAUGUUCACAGGGGUCAUCAAGUCCAGAGACAGGGGCAAGGGCACUCAGGGUGCUCCUGCAUCAAGGGCCAAGGAGCUGUGCGAUGCUGUGUUCUCCAGCAUCUUCAAGUACGUCUCCAUGAUGAUGUUUGAGAGGCACUUCCUGUUACUGCAGCUGCUGGUAGCCCUGGAGCGCCUUCACCUCCAGAACAAGGCCUCCAGCCGGGAGCUGGGUAUCUUCCUCAACGGGUUUGACAAGCAGGGCAUAGAGGAGGCAGCACUGCUGGAACACAAGCCUGACUGGAUGGAGCCACAGGCCUGGGUGGACUGCCUGGUGUUGGAGCAGGUCCAUCAUGCCUUCCACGGACUACGCAGGUCCCUCAUUGCCAACCAGGAACAGUGGAGAGAGUAUUUCCAGCACCCUGUGUCCCUGAUGAACCCAGUCCCAGGCACCACUAUGCAGGACAUCAGGAUCUUCCAAAGGUGUAUGCUCUGGCGGUUUGCUUGCCCGAGAAGGCUUGCUGAGGUGAGCCAGGCCCUGAUCCUGUAUGAGCUGGGAAGCAUCAGAAUGAUACCAGACCAUUACAACAUCCGGGAGGUGUACAGCUACACCACCAGCUGCAACCCUGUAGUGUUUGUGCUGCCCAACCAUAAGCAGGACAUGGAGGCAUCUGAGGCUACCAAAGGCCUGCCAUACGUUAGCCCGUCCCAUGAGGUAAAGCGCCUCGCCAAGGAGGUCGGCAUGGAGGGCAAGGUGAAGGUCAUGAACUUUGGGGUCAAAGGUCAGGUGUGUGAGGUGAAGCAGGCGGUGGAGGACUGCAUUCAAACGGGCUACUGGCUCCUCAUACAGAACUACCACCUGGCAGAGGAACCUGAACAGGACUUCUUUCAGCUGCUCAAGGACAUAGUGUACACCAAAUGGCUACAGCCACAGGAGUCCGACGGCUCCACAGUGCAGGAAGACCCUGGCCCCCUUGUGGCCUACUCGCGCCAGGACAACCAGGGCUCAGAGUUCAAGGUCGCAGACACCUUCAGGCUUUGGAUCACCACCCAGUCUGAUAUUGGCAGGCUUAUACCAGGUGUGCUGGUACAGCAUGGUAUCAAGGUCACAGCAGAGAGUACGGGCAACUUCAAGUCCACACUGCAGAAGUCCUACAGAUCUGUGGCAUUCCUCCUCAACAACUUCCAGCUCUCACCGGAUGAGUCGCCGAACGAGAAGAUGGGCAGGAUUAUGCCCCUUGCCCUUCUGCACUCCCUUCUGCUCCAGCAGUGUUACUAUGGCAACAGUGUGUUCCACACCCACCACUACUGGUCCCUGACAGACCUCGCAAUGGCAGUCGACAUCUUUAAAAAGGUGAUGCUGAAAUGCCCAUCUCGUGGCAACAUGCCUGGUCUGGUUGCCCAGGUUUACACUGACCACUGUGUGGACAACACGGACAAGGUAGCAGUACAGGCCCUUGUGGAGACUUUGGCAAAGUACGCUACUCUGCCUAUUGAUCAGCUGCCUGAUAAGACUGAUGAGCGCCUGGUUGUGCUGCUGAAGAGGCUGCUUCACAUGGAUGAGGGCACAUUUAAUCUGAAAAGGGCCGUGGACUCCCUUGAUGAGCUGGCCGCCAGGACAUUUGGUCUCCCUGACGAAGCUGACCUUGAGGUCACCGCAGAAGUCAGCAGUAUCCUGUCACGGGACAUGGUGCAGGUGAUAGGGGCUCCAGAAUUGUUCAGUCGGGUGACGGCCAACUACGGCAGCAUGAUGAUAGCCCGGGAAGCCCUCAUCCCCCAGUACAUAGCUCUCGUUCAGGCCCUGCCCAUGCUGCCAGAGACUGACCGCAACCAGUACAUGCCUCUGGACGUGUUCCUUCACUACGAGGCAGAGGGGUACAGGAGACUCAUCGAUACCAUCAUGCUAGACUUGAACCUUCUGCUCCAUAAGGCCCGGGGUGAGAUCCUGCCCUCUCCGGAGUUGAACCAGGUCAUAAACGCCAUCAAUAGGAACACGGUCCCUGCGUCGUGGUCUAGUGAGGGUUUCCAGACUGGCAUGGGUCUGAAUGGCUGGUUUAGAGAACUGGCUGUGAGGCUGAGGUACCUGAGGUCAUAUCUGCUGGAGGAGAGACCUGCCACGUAUUGCCUGUCUGUGUUCCUCAGACCUGACCGCUUCCUGGAGGCCGUGAAGCAGACAUAUGCCAGGAAACAGUUCAAGAACAUCGACUGCAUAGAGUUCAAAGUGGAGGUGAUGCCAGCGGGUCUGAAGCCCUCACAGCCCCCUCCAGAGGGCGUGUUCCUGUCCGGUCUCCACCUCCACAACGCCCUGUGGGACUUGACGCGGGCGGUGAUGAUGCUGCCCACGCCUGACAGUCCCUCCACCCAGGAAAUGCCCCUUUUCUGGCUGAAGCCCCUUGAGACGAGCGCAGCAGGAGCUGCCCAGACCCCACGGCGCCUCUACCAGCUCUACAAGUGUCCGGUGUUCUGUGCCCGGGACCGCAGGCACCAGGGUGACCGGAACAUUGUCGUGCAUUUCUCCUUGCCCACCCUGUGUGAUCCUGCAGUGUGGCAGUACCAGAGGGUGUUUCUUACCACCAGUCUGAUGCAGGCCGCAAACUGAGUGGAGAACUGUUGAACACUGUAACUUAAACAUGAAAUUUGCGUGUUAAUGACUCAACAUUUUUUUUUAAUUGUAUGCACCCAGAGUUAAAGCAGUGAAUUCUGUAACAGAAUAAGAAAUCUUCAUGUAAAUGAGUUGAUAAGGUGUUUAAAAUUGUGUUAUAGAACGUUAUGUGGAAACUGUAUCACUUUUAUUUUGGUAUGUUUAUUCCUUUAUAAUUUGUUACUUCUAAAGAAGUUAGAAAUAUGUCUUCAGAAGCACUUAAAAGCGCCUGUUUUUCUUAAUUGCUGGACAGCUAUACUUCUUUCUGAUGUUGUGUGAAGUGCUCGGGAACUUAAAGAUAAUUGAAGCAAAAAAUGUUGAUCCAUGGAGCUGGAUUGUCAAUUUUCUGCCUCAGUGAAAGCUUGUCAGGUGUUGUUGCCAACAACAGUCUGCUAGAGUCAUUUGCUACCUGUGUAGAAUUUGUUAAUAAUGAUUGCUUGCUGAAAACCAAAUCUCCUGUGUAUUUGGGUUAUUUUGAAGCUGGGAUGUGGUUUAUUUUGUAACCAAAUUGUGCUGUUUACCCAUAAUGUGAUAUUAUUUAUUUACUGCAUAUUGAAGAAUUAUAUUUCCAAUGCAUGUAUUUGUGAUAGGAUUUAAACAUUCCCUCCUACACUUCUACAGGUGGAGAAUCCACUAUAGGUGGAUAGUCUUCUCUGCUGAACUGCCCUUCCACUUUGUUUUAGCUUUAUUUUCCAAGUUUAUUUCAUAAUCCGUCUGUGAUACUGUGAUGUAUUUGUAUAUAUUAUAAUUAUGAGCUGCUGCCUUAAUUCAUUUGUGUAAAGUGCAUGUUCCAUCUGCACAGGCUAAUAAACAACUAAACUUUCCACUUUUAUGGAAUUCUCUUUUGAACGAAAAUGAAGUCUAGGCAGUAAAUGGCGUCCCUGUUAAUAUGGGACAAUACUUUACACUUAUGCAUUAAGCCUAGUUUUAUACGAGACCAGCUAUGUUUAUAUUGUGCUUUUUUAUAUAUAUAAAUAAAUUGAUUGAAUAAGGAU